GUAUCGAGUUUGACUUGGCACGAAUUUUGCACGGAGAGCAGUACAUUGAAGUGUACGGGCCAUUGCCGUCGGAAGCAAAACUGCGCUCAGAAGCGCGCGUUGUCGACAUCCUUGACAAGGGCUCUGGUGCAUUAAUCCUAUCCGAAGUCACCACUUAUGACAACGCCACCGGCAAAAAGCUGGCAAUGCAGCAAGUCUGUACCUUCCAAGUGGGCUCGGGCAAAUUCGGUGGUCCCAGAACUAGCUCACAUGAAAAACCAGCGGCCGAAAUACCAACCCGACAACCAGAUGCUGUAUUCGAAGAGAAGACCUCUGUUGACCAGAUAAUGGCAGUGAGCAGACUAAGGACUGAGAAACCAGACCGCUUACGCGUCCCGUAUUUCCGCGCAUCGCCGCAAUACGGAUCUCCUGACCCACAUCCGUGCAAUGAGAAAUCUCGAAACAGCCGAUCUUUUAGGCAACCUUGUACCGAAUGGGCUCUGGCGAUCUCAAUCUCACCUGUCAAUGAUU